AACAAUCAUAUCAUAUCUGCACAUAAUAACACAGGCUUAGUCAAAGAAAAUAAAGAUGGGAAUGGUAGUGGUGAUAUCUCUUCCUUUUAUAUUCUUCUGCUUAGUUAUUGGUUUUGGUUGUUACUUCUUUGGAAGAGCUAGAGGAAGACGUGAUGUAUACACAAACCCUCAAGUUUAUGGUAUGCCAAUUCCACCACCAGGCACUGCUGCUGCAAAUAGUUCCUUCCCUUCAUCAUCUCCUCCACCACAAUAUUCCAAGCCAAACCUUGCUUCCAACGUUUGAGUUCAACUUCAACUCAUAAAUAAGUACAUGCAUAUAAUUUCCCAUAUUUUUCAUUCUGAGUCUUGAGGAUCCUUUCUCCUUUUUCUUUGGUUUGAUGUAAAUUCGCUGUUGUAUUAAGAGUUCAAUUAAGAUUCGUUAAUUUAAUUUUAUUCAUUUGUAGAGUUUAUUGUCGCUAUUGGCGAAGUUGAAGUUUAAUCCACCUCCGAAUUCAUGACAUGAUAUACAAUUACAACCCGUUCCUUUUUAA